CAGAAAAAUGAGCCAUAAGCUUAUUUAAAAAAAAUGGACAACGGGAAAUGGCUACAGGAAUAUCUAGCGGCAGCGACAUGUUUAAUUAACACAAUCAAACGUAAACUGUGCUUAGAUGCGCAUGCAGCCGUUGAAGUGAUGGAAUCUAAAUAGUUAUAGUAAAAACUGACAAGCACUAUUUAGACGACAACAUGAGGAUACAAAACAAAGACAAAAAACAUAAAACCAUGGAGAGGUCGCGGUGAGAUGUCAAAUCUCAGUGCCCUUACCCACAGUGCAUUGUUUUUUUCUUAGCCUCUCAUUUGUUGUAAUUGGAUGGGGUAGUCCAUAGACUGCAAAAGGAGGUAGUCCCACGUCCGCUGCAUCCCUCCUGCCUCCUCUGCCUGCCUCCCUCCCCCCUCUUUCUCGCUCAGGCGCUGCCUCUAUUUCUCUCGGUUUGUUGUUACCCUGAAAUCGGGAUUUUUUUUGCCACUGUACAAGGUUUGCAUUGACAAUGACGCAAGCAGCUGGGGAUAUGUUAUAAUUAUACGGGCCUGUAUGUUGAGGUUUUGCGGUUCAAGACAACGAUUUUAAGAGUGAUAAAGGGAAGAGAGAGAUCCCCUCCUACCACCUGUACUGCCCAUCAGUACUGCCCACCUGUACUGCCCACCAGUGCUGCCAGCUCCACCCGCUGCCUCGGCCACUUUGAUGCGUCUCCCUGUGCCACACUCAAACACCAGAAUGAACUGUGAGCAGGACUUCGGAGAAGGGGGCAUGAAUGUGACCCUCACCCUCAGGUUGCUCAUGCAUGGGAAGGAGGUCGGAAGCAUCAUAGGGAAGAAAGGAGAGACUGUCAAGAGAAUACGAGAAGAGAGCAGUGCCCGCAUCAACAUCUCAGAGGGUUCAUGUCCAGAACGCAUCAUAACCAUCACAGGACCCACUGAGUGCGUGUUCCGAGCCUUCACCAUGAUCACAGUCAAGCUGGAGGAGGAUCUUAGUGCUCUUGUGGCCAAUGGGACGGUUACCAGCAAACCUCCAGUUACCUUACGAUUGGUCAUUCCUGCGAGCCAGUGCGGCUCACUCAUUGGCAAGGGUGGUUCAAAAAUCAAGGAGAUCAGGGAGAGCACAGGAGCGCAGGUACAGGUAGCAGGAGACCUCCUUCCCAACUCCACUGAGAGAGGAGUCACGAUAUCGGGCACACAGGACGCGAUCAUCCAAUGUGUCAAACUGAUCUGCACUGUUAUACUGGAGUCCCCUCCCAAAGGAGCCACCAUCCCAUACCGGCCGAGCCCUAGUCCUGGUGCAGUGCUUCUGGCUGGAAAUCAGCUGUUUGAAAGCUCAGAGUUUGGCUCACAUCAGCUUUUGUCAGUUGCUCAAGGAGGUCUGGAUCUGCAGCAAGCCUACACACUACAGAACCAGUAUGGGAUUCCACACUCAGAGGUGGCCAAACUGCAUCAGCUGUCCAUGCAACAGGGAAUCAGCUCCAUGGGCCAGCCCGUCCCUCAGAUGAUGCCUGCAGGAGUCGAGUCCAACUCUCAGGCCAUGUCCCAAGAGCUCCUCAUUCCAAAUGACCUUAUUGGAUCCAUCAUUGGCCGGCAAGGCACCAAAAUCAACGAGAUCCGGCAAGUUUCGGGGGCGCAGAUCAAGAUCGGCAGCCAGCUGGACAGCACCAGCGACCGACAUGUCACCAUCACGGGCUCCCCCAUCAGCAUCAACCUGGCCCAGUACCUCAUCACGUCAUGUUUAGAGACCGCCAAAUCCACUGCCCAGUCCUCCUCCAUGCCAACCCCUGUUGAUCAUCUCAACAUGAGCUUCACCCAGCCCUCCUCCUCCCCUGCCUCGUCCUCCGCUGCAGCCCUGGCAGCGAUGGGCGGUCUGCCCCACGCUCCGAUCCUGGGCACCCCCUAUGCCCUUCCCCUCUCCAGCCUCCUGGGAAUGAAAUCCGCCCCCUUCCUGGCACUCUCCAACCCCAACGCUGCCGCUGCCGCCGCGCCCACGCACGGGGCUCACAUGGCCUCCUACACCACCAAAAUCUCCUCGGCCAAUGGGAUCAAGAAGCCAGAGAGACAGAAGUUUGCACCCUAUUGAUGUCUACAUCCACUCCCUUACCUUCCUGGUCUCACCACAUCCACAUCCACGUUCCUCCUCUGUGAUCCCGAACUCUCUUCUCCUGUCCCCCCCAGGUGAGGUGCUUGCCGGACCCAGGGAUCUCUUCUGCGGCACUUUCCCUGCUCUCUCUCCAUCUUAUGUAGCCAUUCUAGUCACCUGAGACAGUAUCAGUCCUUAUCUUUACACGUAUUUCCUAAGGACUGUAAAACGACGGUGGCUAACCCUAGAUAGAAAUGAUGUUUUCUGGCUAAAACAGCCUCUAAAGCCAUAAAUUGAUCCCCCUAACUUCCCUCUCAACACCACCUCAGUUCUCCCCAAAUCUACUGUCUCUAUUGAUCUUCUUUAUUAAUGUUGAUGUAUUAUCCCCUCACUAUUUAUAAACACUAUUGACUUGUGUGCAACUCUCUAUAUCAGCGUUUUACUAUUAUAUAUAAGUGUAUGCCUCUGUACACAACAUCCUGAGUUUUUGUUAAUAUUUGAAUGAUGUAAAAACAAGAUGACAAGAAAUUGCAACUUUUCCUUUGUAUUUGUAAUGUGUUCACAUUCAUUUGAAAAAAGGUUUAAUUUAUUUAAUUUAUUUAUUACGUUUUUUAAUCUAAUUUAAUUGAAUUCUAUUUAAUUUCCAUGGGUGUAUACAGCAGGAUUUUCCCCAUGCAGUCCAUUGAUUUAGAUUUGGUUCCAUAGUUUCAUUAUGUUUUAGGGUUGUAGUUCUGUAGCUAAACAUGUCUUUCUGUGAUAUAUAGAAAGAUUGUCAUUAAUGCCAUAUCAUUUUGAGGUUCUUGAGACAUAUAAAAAAAAGAAAUUGUUAACUUCUCUCAUGCUAAAGGCUGGGGCCCUUUUAAACAAGGGCCAGGCAACAGAAAUGAAAUGAUUUAUAGAGUUAGACUUCACUCACCUGAGACUAGUGGCAUACGUAUACAGGCUUCACUCACACCUGAAACUAGUGGCAUACGUAUACAGGCUACUAUGCAUGGCACCAGCCGACCGCUGCAUGCUUGACUGACCCACUCACACACUCUAAAGUAUGCGAGAAGCCAUAAUCUGUCCGAUUCUAUUCCAGGCGGAGUGAUAGAAAAGCAAUACUUGGACUGAGAGUGUCAGGAAAAAACUCUCUUCCCUCAGAAGAAACAAUUUUUAAAAGAUGAGUGGAUAAAUUGUAAGAUGAACCUGACUGUUUCAUUCACAUGAGUAUGUGUAGACUCCCUCUGUUUUCUGUUUUUUUUUUUCUUUUUCUUUUUUAUAAAAUCUAUAAAUACAAAUUCACUUAUUUUUGUAAACCCAGUAUCCUGUUGAUCAGAAGUAGCCACCACACAUUCAUACAUCUCAAUUCAAAUCCAACCCACUCUCUACCCCUUGUGUUCUCUUCCGAUGUCUCACGUUUUUUGUUUUCUAAUAGUUUGCAUGAAUUUAAAUUUAGCAUCUAUGCAAAAAGUGUAUGGUUUUGAAAAGUUACUCUGUGUAGUGCAUCACUGCUAGUUAGGCUGAAGAAUGGGCAAAAACGAUGCAUCUUUUGACUUUACAAACCAUACCAUAUAGCAUUACUUAUACUAUGAAAUACUGUAUAAUAUAAUAUGAAAAAUACUGUAUUUAUCCCAUACUGUCAUCCCAACACUUAUCAAAAACACUAGAUUACCACACAAAAGACAAAACCAUUGCACUUGAUAACAUGAUAAUAAUAAUAAUAAUAAUAAAUUAUUAUUAUUAUUAUUAAUUCCAUGUUGGCCAAUAAAACUGUGUGUGUUCAAAUGCUUUACGUUUUCAAACAUGAUUUAGGUUUUUUACUCAGGCUCAACAUUUAUAUACUGACCUGAUGUCUACUCUCUCUCUCCUUUCCUUCUACUCAGUCAGGCCAUUGUCAUAAAUAAAAACAAUACUGUAUUAACUUCAAGGUUGUAUGAGAUUUUCUGUUGAUAGUGCUUGCAUAAGAGCAACAUAAUCUCAACAAGACAUCAUUCAGACAGAAGCGUAACCGGACUGUUCAGUUCAUUUGACUGUAGAUGGGUCCUUUGUCUUAUUUUAUCAACACCAUCAUCGCAAGAAAUAACUCAUUUUGGAUUUUUUUUGGUUCAAUUUCAGCCUCUUCACUAAAUAGAUAAUAUAAUACUAAUAAUCAUAUAUAAAGCCAAGUGGCUAGUAGCUUGCACUCCAACAGUGCGUGGUCUUGUGUACCACUCACAGCAUAAGCGUAUAUAUACACUUCAUUAUCAUUAUUAGGGUAAAAAUGUGGUUGUCCUCUUGGCUGGCAUCUGCUCUUAAAAUAGGUUAACAUGACAAAUACAAUGGCAAAGAUAAUUAGUGUGAACAGGUAGGUGGUAAAACCUGCUAGGCUCUAGGCCUGCCGCACCUCCACCGGUGCCCUUUGAGCUAGCUGCUAGCAUAGCAGAUAAAGAAGAAGCCGGAAAAGAUACUCAAAAUGAAUGAGCACACUGAGAGGCAGAGAACCAUCUAAAGCUCUCCCACCAGCUGUGUACUUUAAUAAUAAUAAUAAUAAUAAUAAUAAUAAUAAUUCAUUUGAUUUGUAACGCACUCUUCCCUCAUGACCACUACCCCAUGUGUCAGUGUGCACUUCAAUCCUAUGGGAAUAAACACCUAAAUCUUAUUUGAAUGUCCAUAUUUGUCAUAUGGAUUUUAACACAAGGAAGAAGGAACACCGAAAAGUACUUAAAUGAUCAACCCCAACACUUAUCUGUAAGACAAGAUUCACUAAAUGUUUAUAUGUGUGUGGUAUGUUUUACAACAGCUAAAAGCCACACAAACGGCCUGGUUUGAAAAACAUUUUUUUCUGUGCUGUUAUUUCAUAAUACAAACAUAUGUCCCAUAUGUCGGUAUUGUUCUGCCAUCUACCAAGCUGAUAUCUUGAGCAUAUAUACAGUAUAUAUAUAUCAGUUCUGAUAUUUUUUUAUUCAUUAAUUCAUUCCUUCAACAUUUAAUUUUCAGGAAUACAUUGAGGAUAGCCCUCAUUUUUAAUGAUGUCGAUAUAAACAAAUACAAAUAAAACAUAGUAAAUAAUAAAAUAAAACAUAGUAAACAAACAAGAACAAUAAAAAACAUUUAAAAAAAACAGGUACAAUUUCCAGCAAAAAUCAUGAAGAUCAUUCCAGGAAGUUAGGGCAUUAAAACAAAAGGCUAACUUUCCCAGUUCAGAGUGUACACGAGGUCAUUUCAGCGGGUUUGAUAGGGUCCAGAAUUCCAGUCCGCCAUCAUUGUGAUAUAAGGUGGUAGCUUUCCGACAAUGGCCUUAUAGAUGAUGAUCAGACCCUUUGACAUAUGCAACUAUUUUCUGUGAAAGAAAGAGUUAAAAUUGAAACAGAAAAAUAUUGGAAAUAGUAUUUGAGCGCUUUUACUUUGUAAAACUAUUGUGUUCAAUCUUGACUUCACAGGGGGUCCGUGUAACAUUUUGCAGUUCAAUAAAAAUGGAAUUAAAUGAAAAA